CAGAUAAUAAAAAAAAAUGUUGGAUAUUUUUACCAAACUUGUGAUUCUCAGUUUUUUCGUUAUAUUUUCUGAAUGUAACAAUGUGGCGAAUGUGAUAAAGAAAAAUUCUCUUCAAAUUCCAACUGGACAAUGUGAUAAAAUGGAAAAAAAUGUCACACUAAAAUUAUCAAAUACAAAUUCAAAAAAACUCAUCGACUCCUUUAUGGACAGUUUAUUUAUCAAUUGUCUUAAUCUCGAAUCAAAUGAAAUAACAGAAAUUUCACCGGGUGCUUUUAAAAAAUUACCAAAUCUUUUUUUAUUAAAUUUAGCCAAUAAUUCCCUACCGACGACAAAUUUAAUUUCAUUUGACUCUCAUCCAAAACUAAGAACACUAAUUGGUGAUCAAAAUUUAAUUGAUAAAAAAAAUUCCACCUUAAGAAUAAAAUCAAAAUUUUCCAAUUUACAACAUUUUUAUUCACGACAAAAUGGAAUUGCCACAUUAUCCCUAGAUAUUGGGGAAAAAUUACCAAAUUUAACACACCUCUAUCUCAAUGAUAAUUUAAUUAAGGAAAUUAAUAUUUUCCCACCAAAAUUAACGCAUCUUUGGUUAUCAAAUAAUUAUUUUAAAAAGUUUAAUGUAACGCAAUUAAAAAUAAUUGAAUUUCUUCAAUUAGAGGGAAAUCAAAUAAAAAUAAUUUGUAAUUCAUAUUGUCAUGAAUUUUCACUUUCACUUGCAAUGGUAAAAAAUUUACAAACUUUAAUAUUAUCUCACAAUGAAAUAAAUGACAUCGAACCAGAUUCAUUUGAUGAUACAAUAAAUCUUUUAAAUUUAGAUCUUUCACACAAUAAAUUACAAAUAAUACGUAAAGGAUGUUUUAAUUUUCUCAAAAAUUUACAAAAUUUAUCAUUAAAUAAUAAUUUUUUACAAAAAUUACCCAAUUUUUCAACGCUACAAAAUUUAAGACAAUUAAAUAUUAGUGAUAAUAAAAUUGAAAAAAUUGAAAUGAAUGAAUUUAAAAAUUUCCCCUAUCUCAAACAAUUGUCAUUAAGUGGAAAUUUAUUGAAAACAAUUGAAAUGAAUUCCUUUGAAAAUUUAAUGGCUCUUGAAAAUUUAGAUUUAUCAAUGAACAAACUUCAACAUUUGCCAAUAAAUUGGUUGACGGGAGUUGAAAAUCUUGAAACUUUAGAUUUAAGGGGAAAUUGUUUUCAAAACUUUGCAAGUUUAUCACUUGACUAUAUGGAAUCAUUGAAAUUGAUUUUUCUUCAAAAUAAUCCUCUAUUAUUUAUGAAUACAAAAAUAAUGGCUAAUUUUCCAAAAAGUGUAACUAUAUAUCUUAAAAAUGAUAAUAAUAUCAAUUGUUUUUUUAAUAAUACAAAAAGUCAUCAAUUGAGUGGAAAAAUUCCUUCUGUGCUAAAAAUUUGAUUAAAUUAGAAUUUAAAUUUUUUCUACACUCUCUUUCUU